AUGCUUGAAUCGUUAGUUGCUAAUGUUUUGAAUCGCGUUCUUGGUGCAUAUGUUUCUAAUCUCGAAGAUAAUCAACUAAACAUUGCAAUAUGGACAGGAUAUCUUGGGGAAUUAACCUUGAAUAUUCCUUGGUCAAAUUUAAAAAAUAAGCCAGUUAAAGUUUUUAUAAAUAAUGUUUAUCUUUUAGCUAAUCCAAAAGCUGAUACAGAGUAUGAUCCUGAAGAAGAACAAAAAAAAGCUCAACAAGUCAAACAAGAAAAAUUAGCAAAUGCUGAAUUACUUCAGUCUAAUCCAUCUGGAACAUCUGAAGAGGAUGAUCAAAAAAACCAAUCUUUUGUAAAUCAACUUGUUACCAAGAUUGUAGACAAUCUACAAAUUUCUAUUAAUAAUAUUCAUAUUAGAUAUGAAGAUAAAUUAAGUGAUCCUGAGCAUCCAUUUUCAAUAGGACUUACAUUGUCCGAAUUUUCAGCUCUUUCAACAGAUGAAAAUUGGACACCUACUUUUAUUGAAGAUGAAACUAAACCAAUUCAUAAAUUAAUUACAUUAGGAUCGUUAGCUGCAUAUUGGAACACAGAUUCAAGAUCUUUAUCUGACAAGAGAGUUCCACAAGAACACCAAUAUAUUUUAAAACCUGUAUCAGGAACUGGAAGAGUUAUAUUGAACAAACAUUUUGAUGUUAAGACUCCUAAAACUAUUGUAACGUUAUUAUUUGAUGAACUUGGAUUUGUCUUGGAUGAUGAACAAUACAGGGACGCCUUAUUAAUGUAUCGAAAAUUCAGACCUCCAAAAGAAGUGACACCAAAACAAAAUCCAAGAGCAUGGCUUCAAUUUGCAGGAAAUUGUAUACUUUCUGAGAUUCGUGAACGUAAUCGAAAAUUGACUUGGGAAUAUUUUGCUGAAAGACGUGAUGACCGUUGUGCAUAUGUUAAACUUUAUAAAGAUAAACGACUUGAUCAUUUAACGCCUGCGCAACUUGAAAUAAAGCUUAGUUAUGAAGACAUAAGGUUUUAUCGAUCAAUUGCCAAAUCUCAAUUGAAAAAAGAAAGGGCAUUAAUAGAUAAAAUUAAAAAAGAAAGACAAGAAAAACAAACCGUGAGUCAACCAUCAGACGGUGGCUGGUUUAGUAGCUGGUGGUAUGGUGGUCAAGAAACAAGUCCAUCAAAUGAAGGAGACAUUGUAUUGACAGAUGAACAACGUCAAGAAUUAUAUCAAGCAAUUGAUUAUGAUGAGAAAGCCGCUUCAACAUCCCAAGAAUACCAAGUAGACAAGCAAACUAGAAAAGGUAAAUCUGGUAAAUCCAUCACUAAUACUAAAUUAGUUGAUAAGGAAUUAACUCACAUGAUAAAGAUUCUUGAUCUUUAUUGGUCAGUGCCAACUGGUACUGUUGCUAAUGUUUUGAAUCGCGUUCUUGGUGCAUAUGUUUCUAAUCUCGAAGAUAAUCAACUAAACAUUGCAAUAUGGACAGGAUAUCUUGGGGAAUUAACCUUGAAUAUUCCUUGGUCAAAUUUAAAAAAUAAGCCAGUUAAAGUUUUUAUAAAUAAUGUUUAUCUUUUAGCUAAUCCAAAAGCUGAUACAGAGUAUGAUCCUGAAGAAGAACAAAAAAAAGCUCAACAAGUCAAACAAGAAAAAUUAGCAAAUGCUGAAUUACUUCAGUCUAAUCCAUCUGGAACAUCUGAAGAGGAUGAUCAAAAAAACCAAUCUUUUGUAAAUCAACUUGUUACCAAGAUUGUAGACAAUCUACAAAUUUCUAUUAAUAAUAUUCAUAUUAGAUAUGAAGAUAAAUUAAGUGAUCCUGAGCAUCCAUUUUCAAUAGGACUUACAUUGUCCGAAUUUUCAGCUCUUUCAACAGAUGAAAAUUGGACACCUACUUUUAUUGAAGAUGAAACUAAACCAAUUCAUAAAUUAAUUACAUUAGGAUCGUUAGCUGCAUAUUGGAACACAGAUUCAAGAUCUUUAUCUGACAAGAGAGUUCCACAAGAACACCAAUAUAUUUUAAAACCUGUAUCAGGAACUGGAAGAGUUAUAUUGAACAAACAUUUUGAUGUUAAGACUCCUAAAACUAUUGUAACGUUAUUAUUUGAUGAACUUGGAUUUGUCUUGGAUGAUGAACAAUACAGGGACGCCUUAUUAAUGUAUCGAAAAUUCAGACCUCCAAAAGAAGUGACACCAAAACAAAAUCCAAGAGCAUGGCUUCAAUUUGCAGGAAAUUGUAUACUUUCUGAGAUUCGUGAACGUAAUCGAAAAUUGACUUGGGAAUAUUUUGCUGAAAGACGUGAUGACCGUUGUGCAUAUGUUAAACUUUAUAAAGAUAAACGACUUGAUCAUUUAACGCCUGCGCAACUUGAAAUAAAGCUUAGUUAUGAAGACAUAAGGUUUUAUCGAUCAAUUGCCAAAUCUCAAUUGAAAAAAGAAAGGGCAUUAAUAGAUAAAAUUAAAAAAGAAAGACAAGAAAAACAAACCGUGAGUCAACCAUCAGACGGUGGCUGGUUUAGUAGCUGGUGGUAUGGUGGUCAAGAAACAAGUCCAUCAAAUGAAGGAGACAUUGUAUUGACAGAUGAACAACGUCAAGAAUUAUAUCAAGCAAUUGAUUAUGAUGAGAAAGCCGCUGUGAUAGAUGGAUAA